UACACUUGUAGCUUUCACUUUUGAGCGUGUACGAAGAGGUGGUAACGAAGACCCAUGAACCCAACUUAGCUAAGUAUCGAGGCGAUGAUGAAAAUUGGCGAUAUACAUAAGCGAGCACAAAGGAACCUUGUAGCACAACGAAGCCAGUCAGCCAAAUUGGCUGAGUAAUAGAUUAUGUAGGGUCCUGCGCUCUGGUACUAAUGACAAUCGCCCAACCUUGAACGUUAGAGAUGCGAAAGGUAGACCGACGGCCGGACGAGCAUGUAGGCGCGCAAGCGCCGCACUUUUCGGGCGUUGCGCGCACGUAGACAAAGCUGACCUUAAGAUGUCAUAUGCGCGUGGAGUUCGGCGCUCACUCGCCGGGGACUGACAGGUCUGACAGGUUCCCCCGACAGUCCAACAGCGCGAGCUGCCUUGUACCGACGAUGUGAAUCGCGAGCUGGUAUAAAAGAGCUUGCCGACGAGCGAUCGACACAGCAUUCAGUCGCUUCCAGUCGAAGAGAUCAAAGCUAGCCGUAACCAGAGUCGAGAUGCUGAAGCUCGUGAUCGUCGUCGCCUCGUGCCUGGCCGCCGCCAACGCCGGACACCUGGGCCUGCCCCUGGCGUACAGCAGCUACGCCGCGGCGCCGGCGUACUCGGCCUACGCGAGCCCGGCCAUCGUCAAGACCGCCGCAGCCCUGCCGCUGGCCUACGCCGCAGCCCCGGCUUACGCUUACUCCAGCCCGACCACCAUCGUCAAGUCUCACGCGCCGCUCGCCUACAGCAGCUACUCCGCCUAUUCCAGCCCGGCCAUCGUCAAGAGCGCCGCCGCGCUGCCCCUCGCCUACGGCAGCUUGGCUGCCCCGGCCCCUGUCAUCAAGACGGCACCCCUAGCUUACACUGCUCACGCCACACCUCUGGCUUACUCUGCUCACCCUGCUCCACUCUCCUACUCCGCCUACUCUGCUGGCGUCGUUAAGGCGCACGCUCCUCUUGCCUACAGUGCGUACGCCUGGUAAUCAUCCCUCUAGCCGUGGCCAAGCUUCGGGGCGCUGCGCGGCCGCUGAGCCCCUACCUCUGCAGUGUGUCAUAAUCGCAAGCGACC